GAAACAGUAGCCAGGACAAACAGAUUUGGGGGCUAAGACAACUGGUAGGCAAGUCAAUGCCAUUUAAUACGAAUAGUCUGCUGUUUGUUGGUUUUGGUCCAGAAACUCAUGCAUCUCCUCCUUAAACCACCAGCAAACUCUGUAUUGCACACACCAAUAGAAUUUGUCUGUAAAUAGGUCAAUUUGCUUUGCUCUGUAUCAGUCAGCGAUCCUCUAAUUGCUCUGGACAAAAAGCUGGAAUCCCUGGUAGUCCGUAUGCUUGGUAUGAGUGAAGCUGUUGUUGGACGUAAAGAUUAAGCAGCUUGUAUAGGUAUCUCUGGGAAAUAAAACUUAAAGGAUGUCUCAGAAGUAACAGUACUCAGGUAACAGCAGAUAUUGUUGAUGUGAAUCCACCUUUUCUCAUUUAGUGUUUGUGUGUUCCUGCUGUGCUUUUCAGUCACUUACUGCUCAGGUACGUGUUUCUGCUCCUCAGAAAACUCCAUGAAAGAAAACCAGAGCUGUUCUUGUGCUUAGUCACAGAUCUCCCCACGGAACUUUUCUUAUCCCUUGCCCUGGUGAGGCUUGAGCGUCUCUCACAAGGCAUAAAAAAGCCGCAGGAAACAGAUGCAGUUCAGAGGAGCCCAGCUGCCCUGACUCCCCCUUCGCAUGCUUGGGGAUGGAGACAGGGGAGGUCUCAGUCACUGUGGCAGCCAGGUGCCUUUAAAAGAAAAUACCCAAAAUUCUUAAGGGCAUACACUUAAAGCAGCACCGAAAGGUACCGUUUUGGAAGGCAACACCGGAAUCUUUUGAAGCUCUCUCUGUUUGCAAGAAGGGAGAGAAACAAGUAUCAAUGGUACAUUCCCCGCCGGGCCCUCAGCGAGCGCCUCCAAGCGCCGCAGCUCUGUGUUUGUUAUGCAAUUAGUGAGGCCUCCCCGGGGGAGGAGCGGCCUUGGCCAUGGCCGUUCCCCCUUCCUCCUCCGCCGCCCCUCGCCCUGCGGUCCCGCCGGCCAUGGGCGAGCGCUGGGGGCCGGCGGCGCUGCAGGAGGCGGCGGGCCCGGAGCGGAGCUCUUCGAGUGCUGCUGAGAAUGGCUCUGACCUUGAUGAAGAGCCUCUACUCAGAAAAAAUCACCGCCGGUUUGUCAUCUUCCCCAUCCAGUACCCAGACAUAUGGAAGAUGUAUAAGCAAGCUCAGGCCUCCUUCUGGACAGCAGAAGAGGUUGAUUUGUCAAAGGACCUUCCUCACUGGAACAAGCUGAAAGCAGAUGAAAAAUACUUUAUCUCUCACGUUCUGGCAUUUUUUGCAGCCAGUGAUGGAAUUGUAAAUGAAAACCUGGUGGCACGUUUUAGUCAGGAGGUGCAGAUCCCAGAAGCUCGUUGUUUCUAUGGCUUUCAAAUUCUCAUUGAGAAUGUUCACUCAGAGAUGUACAGCUUGCUCAUAGACACCUACAUCAAAGAUCCCAAGAAAAGGGAUUUCUUAUUUAAUGCUAUUGAAACAAUGCCUUGUGUUAAGAAGAAAGCAGACUGGGCUCUGAAGUGGAUUGAAGACCGAGAAUCCACUUUUGGUGAGAGAGUGGUUGCCUUUGCUGCAGUGGAAGGCAUCUUCUUUUCGGGUUCCUUUGCUGCUAUAUUUUGGUUGAAGAAGAGAGGCUUGAUGCCUGGAUUGACCUUCUCCAAUGAACUUAUUAGCAGAGAUGAGGGUCUACACUGUGAUUUUGCUUGUCUAAUGUUCCAUUAUUUAGUGAACAGACCGUCAGAAGAGCGAGUCUGUGAGAUCAUCGUUAAUGCUGUAGAAAUUGAGCAGGAGUUUCUAACUGAGGCGUUACCUGUGGGUCUGAUUGGAAUGAAUUGCACCUUGAUGAAACAAUACAUUGAAUUUGUUGCAGACAGGUUACUAAUGGAGCUUGGGUUCUCAAAGGUCUUUCAUGCAGAAAAUCCUUUUGAUUUCAUGGAGAAUAUUUCUCUGGAAGGAAAAACAAAUUUCUUUGAGAAGCGGGUUUCGGAAUAUCAACGUUUUGCUGUCAUGGCAGAAACAAUGGACAAUGUCUUCACUCUGGAUGCAGAUUUUUGACAAAUUGGCAAAUGAAUGGUGACUGUUUCCCUCUCCUUAUCUCCCUUUAUGCUGUGAAAUUAAUUAAUUUCUUCUAAUUUCUUCUUGUGGAAAUCAGAGUCUACUGGGAUAUUUUUCCUGGGUUUUCAUGUUGUUUGUCAGAGGAGUAAAUAUAUUUCUCUCUGUGUCAUUUGAAAAAAAAAAGGGGAAUCAUCUGUAAAAAAUGUAUAUGGCUUUGUAGAAUGAUGACCUUUUUAAGAUUCCCUUGACUCAUCUGCUGUCAAUGCUGUCUUUAAAGAUGACAUGGAUAGUGUCAUAUGUCACAAACGUGGAUGUUUGUUUAAGAAGCAAACUCCAUAUUUACCUCAUGUUAUGGUAUUUUAAUAUGAAAACCAGAUGAGGUAUCACUCCACGUAAAAACAUCACUAUAAAUUAUUUUCCUGUUUUCUGUUUUCAUGUUUGUAGGUUUGGUCUGUUUGGUAGUUUUGGAGUAAAAGCUUUUCUGUUUCAUCCUGUUGCAGAUACAGUAAUAGUUGAAUGUGAGAAGACCUUAAUGAGGUCUGACCUAUAGAAUAUUAUUAAACCCAGGAGUUAAGUGUAAUCUCCCCAUUAACCUAGGUUCUGUCUGAAACAAUUUUUAUUCUGGUUGGAAAAGUGAUGGGUCCUGGUAGGCAUGUAAUUCAAAUACAUGUAAUUCUUGUCUUACAGCUGUUACUGAACAGGUCAGUGGCCUUUGAACAAUUCUUGAAAAGGCACACCUGUUAACAGUGGAGAAAAAAUCUACUACACAUCCUGUAGUUCUUUGGCUUCUGCUGCCUGUUUUUCCUUGCUUCACUGAUCAAGUGCCUUAUUAAGUAAUUCUGUUUGUAAUCACUUGACACUGAAACAGCCAGCUCUGGGUGUUGUCCAUCUCCCCCUGUUGUGCUGGGUGGUUUGAUAUUCUCCCCUUCUUGGUUGUACUUGUGCAUUGAAGGGGUGAGAAGACAUGUCAUUCCAAGGGAUUAUUCCUUGAGGUGCUACAAACAGACUACUUGGGAUGUAAGGAAGCACCCAAUAACAUAUGAAGGUACAUCAGGUUGUGUGUUUGAUGUGAACCAUUGGAACCAUUGUCACAGAACAGCUUCUGAAAGAAGGUAUUAAACAUUUCAAAAACAGGCCCAGAGGUAGUAUGGAGUAGCAGCAUCUUACAAAGAACUGUUGUUUGGUUUUUGAUUGUGUGCCUGAAAACUGUUUCUAAUUUUUUGAUAUCAUGUGUAGAGAAUGGAGGGAUUGAGGAGUGGCUGACAUGCUGCACUGGUACUUGGGGUAGAAGACAUGCUAUUUAGCUGUACCUGGUUUAUCUGCAAAUAGAUGGGCUCUUUUUUUUUUCCAAGAUGAAGUGAGUGUACAAGAGCUAGACAAAGGGUUCCACUUUAUUAAACCCAAGCAUUUUUUAUAAUUUACAGCAUUUUGUGAAAGUGCUUUUGUAAGUCUUACCAUUGCAAACAUUUUGUGCUGCUUCUGAUACAUCUGGCAUGAGCCAAACUGACAGCCCAGGGUUAUCAGUGAUGGGGUGGUGUAAGAGUUAUUUCCCUGCCAGCCCAGAUCAGCCAUCAUCCUGGGUACCCAAGUUCCAUGAAACAGGUCCACUGCCUUAGCACUUAAUUCCUAGUGGACAACUCCCUGCUGUAAAAAUAAACAGCAAAAUUGACUUAGUUUUUUUUAGUCUCUUUAAAAGAUCAGGAGUAUGUACUGAGCAUGGAAAUGGAACAGCUUAUUUUUUCCUGGAGAAGAGCCUGCAUCAUUUGUAUGAGUUACUUGGAAGAGGGCACAGACAAAAGCUGGAACUGCAGGAGAACUGUGGACUCAGAGGGAAAACCCAACACCUUUUGGAAACAUUGAGCUGAUAGGGUAGGAAGUGAAAAUACUGUAAAUCGAUCUGCUGUUGGAGUAAUGGAACCUAUUAUGUCACUGAAAGUACUAAAAAGCAUUUAUUUUGAGUCAUGAAUGAUAAUGAGAAUAUAGAGAGUAUUCUAAUAUGAAACUGCAAUGUGCUCAGGUUCUGUAAAUGUAUAUGAGAUACCAAAGUCUGGUACAUUGGCUCCCACUCAAUUUGUGUGUAAAAUAUGUGUGUAGUUUCAAUAAAAUUUGAGUGUGGGGAAGCCCAUGCCUUGAUUUACAAGUUA